CUUUAACAAAAGAAGCACAAUCUUAAAUGACAUUAGAAGACUCCAUAAACACAGGCAAACUGGUAAAUAUCUCUUGAUAAAUGGCUUCAUCAACAACCAUAGAUUUAAAGAAAACCCUAAUUAUACCAAUUUGCACAAUUGGGUUCCUCACAUUCUUCACCCAAAUCUUCAAAUUUCUCAAAUGGGUUUACUCAAUGUUCUUAAGACCACCAAAAAAAUUAAACAAAUAUGGUUCAUGGGCAUUAGUAACUGGUUCGACUGAUGGAAUUGGUAAAUGUCUCUCUUUUGAAUUAGCCUCAAAAGGUUUAAACUUGAUCUUAAUUGGUAGAAACCCACAAAAACUUCAAACUACAUCAAAUGAAAUUAGGGCUAAAUUUGGUAAGGAAAAAACCAAGAUUAAGAUUAUUGUUAUUGAUUUUGAGAAAAUUAGUGGGGAAGAAAUUGAAUUUAAAAUUUGUAAAGAAAUUGAAGGUUUGGAUGUUGGGGUUUUGAUUAAUAAUGUUGGGUUGUCUUCAGAACGUUCUAGAUUCUUCCAUGAAAUUGGUUUAAAAGGGAUGAUUGAUUUGGUUAGUGUGAAUGUUGGGAGUGUAAAUUGGGUUACUAAAGCUGUUCUUCCGGGUAUGUUGAAGAGGAAGAAAGGUGCAAUUGUUAAUAUUGGUUCUGGAUCUUCUGUUAUUCCUUCUUACCCUCUUUUUUCUGUUUAUGCUGCUUCUAAAGCAUAUGUUGCCAUGUUCUCUAGAAGCUUGAGUAUAGAAUAUAAGCAGUUUGGAAUCGACAUUCAGUGUCAGGUACCAAUGUUGGUAGCUACAAAAAUGGCAUCCAUUAAAAAGGCAUCCUUCUUUAUUCCUUCACCAGAGCAGUUCAGCAAAGCGAGUAUAAAAUGGAUUGUUUACGACACCAUCUGUGUUCCGUACUGGACUCAUGCUCUGGAAUGGUGUAUUAUGAAUAUGAUACCCGAUUCCUUAGUGAAUCGGAUGCUUCUUCGAUACUUUAUUAGCGUGCGUAAAAAAGUUCUUCGAAAAGAGAACAACUUAGCCUAGUUUUCAUGCUCUUAGUAAUCUUUGCGAUAGGGUUUACGUAAGAUGUACUUCGUAGUGCAGUUUGCAGUACAUAUAAGAGCAUGUAUUAGCUUAUUUAUCUUCGGUUAGUAACUAUGCAAUAUAUUUGAGCAUAAGCAUUACUGUCCGUUUUGAUGAAUUUGCUACAAAUUCUCCUAAGUAUUUAAGGGGGACGUGCUUUUGCUUA